UGGUUGGAAAAUGUCGCCGCUGGCACCUGUGCUGGUGUUCCUUCUCCUCUGGCUGGAACUGCCACUGGCAUCUCCCUUAGGCAUUGAUUUUAAAUCGCUUAAUUACUGCGAUACAAACCUCUGCCCCAAAGGAGGGAAACAUGUGGCAUGCAAGGCAAAGGAGAACAUACUGGGCAAGAAAUGCUCACUGGAUGCUGAAAUACUGCCAAUCAAUGGCCAGCUACAGGAUGUCUUGGUGAAUCGCAUAAAUGAGAUGAGGGAUAAGGUGGCACGUGGCGGUUUCAGUGGCCUAACAGCGGCUGCUAAAAUGGCCACCAUGUCUUGGGACCCGGAGCUGGCCUACCUGGCUGGCUUCAAUGUGCUGGCGUGUUCGCCCCACCUCGAUGAGUGCCGGAAUACCCUGCAAUAUGCGAACGUCGGCCAGUCGGUGGCCUAUCGUGGCCUCCUGUCGAAGCAUCGUGGGAUGCCGGAGAUCAUCUCCAAUGCCAUUGGCUUGUGGUUUCGUGAGCACGAAGUCACCACCAUGGAUGACAUUUUGAAUUACAUUGGACCGCAUUUUGGCAAGCCCAGAGAGAACUUUGUACAAAUGGUUGUCGACAAUUGCAAUCGUGUGGGCUGUGCCGUUGUCCAACAGAGCAAGAACGGCUGGCUCCAGACCUAUCUGACCUGCAACUAUGCCUUCGCCCCUAAGUUGGGUCAACCUAUUUACAACAGCAGCAAGAUUCCUGGCGCAGAAUGUCAGUCUGGACACAAUCCCACCUACAAGAACCUCUGCUCUGUCAAUGAAGUUUACAUGAGGAAUGUAAUACCACCGCGUCUCCUGCCUGACAAAGAGCCUCCCGCAGCUGAAGAAACGGAACCUGAAUCAGAGUCCUCCUCUUUUAAUGAAUCUGAUGUGGAGCCUUACUCCCCAGAACCACAUGACUUUGAGCCAUUUAAACAUCCAAAAUAUAAGAAAAUACCAAAUGGCCAAGAGGCAACUGUAGGAGCAGGAGAAGCACAGACAACUGCAGCUGCAGGCGGAGGAGAAAAGACAACUGUAGCAGAGGGAGGCGCAGAGACAACUGCAGCAGCAGGAGGAGUCACAACAGAAUCGCCAGGAGGAAUCACAACUGCGGCAGUAGAAGGAGAAAUGACAACUGCUGCAGCAGCAGAAGGCGCAGAGACAACUGCAGUAGCAGGUGAGGCAGAGACAACUGCACCAGCUUCUGGUGGAGUAACAGAAGCACCAGCAGCACGACGCAGAUCUGUCAAAAGGCGAAGUCCUCCACUCCGUCAGAGAACCAAAGUUCAUCCAAAAAAAAGGCAAAAGGCACGAACCAAUAAAGGGAAUAAAGGUGGACAUAAGACUCGUACCGCCAAUCGACGAAGAAGCAAAAUCCAACGCAGAGACGGGGAUGGGGAAACCACUGUAGCAGCUGAGGGCGCGACAACAGUUGGAGAAGCAGGAGCAGCCGAUGGUGCAGCAACCACCGCAGCAGGAGGAGAAGCUAACACUGAAGAAGGAGGAACCACUGCAGCAGGAGCAGAAGUAGGAGGAGAAACAACUGCAGCUGGAGAACUUAUAUCUGCGGCAGGAGCAACCAGUUUAGCUGGAGGAGAACCUGCCACUGAGGCAGGAGCAACUACUGAGGGUGAAGGAGCAACCACUGUGGCAGGCGUAACCACCGUAGCAGGAGUAACUGCUGCAGGAGGAGCUCUAUUAGGAGCAACCACUGUUGGUGGAAUAGAACUUACCACCGCACCAGGAGACACACCUGUAGGCGGAGCCACCACUGUAGCAGGAGCCACCACUGUAGCAGGAGACACACCUGUAGCAGGAGCCACCACUGCAGCAGGAGCCGCCACUGUAGCAGGAGGAGCAACCACUUUAGGAGGAGGUGAACUUAUCACUGUAGCUGAAGCAACCACUCCAGGUGUCGGAGAACUUUCCACCGUACUCGGAGUAACCACCGUAGGUGGAGGAGUAGCCACAGUGGGAGUGCAGGCAAAUGUACAGCAGCAGAUUCCUCCGCUCCCUGGAGGUCAACCUCCACCAGAAAAUGCUGUAUCUGAAAAAGAUAAUAUUGACGAUUCCUAUGCUUUGGAGGAAACGGAAGAUGAAGUUAAAGCAGCAGAGAAAAUGGAAAAGGCCAACGAUGGGGAGGCAAUAGAGGAUAGAACUGUAAUUCAAAGAAAGUUUGCACGAUUUCUGGCCAUGGUACAGAAGGCAAAGGUGCUCAAUAAGCGUGGCAAGGUUAUGAUCGUGACCACAAACCAUGAGGUGGAGUACAACAGCAGGAAGAUGCGAGAACGAUCGGCUAGAAGGAGAGCCGCGAGACGUCUGCAAAAACGAACUCGAGCAAUCGACAGAGCCCGUCGUAUGCGUAGGAGCCGCAGCAGGCGACAUCGUUCCAAAUCGGAUUCGGGCUACUCUAGCUACCAAAACCAACUCAGGAAAAACAAUCCACGUAGUCGUCGUCGUCAGCAUGCCAAAACCAGAUCCAAAGGCGAUGCACGCUGGAAUUUUGUGGGCUGAGUGGCUGCACGCAUUGCAGAUGCGAUUUCAGAGCCUCCAUUUUCAUGAAUGAAUCCGAAGUUAAAGUAAAGGGAAAUGGUGUCCACUGCAUAAAA